AUGUUCUCCAAAUUGGUAGCCCUGUGUGCGUUGGUGGCGGUGUCCCAGGCUGGUCUCCUGCCUGCGCCCGUGCACUACUCCUCCGCCGCCGCCGUCUCCUCGCAGAGCAUCGUGCGCCACGACCAGCCACAGGCCGCCAAGCUGGUGGCUGCCGCUCCCGUCUACCACGCCGCCCCCGCACCAGUCGCCUACCAUGCUGCCCCCGCCGCCGUCACCUACCACGCCGCUCCCGCUCCAGUCGCUUACCACGCCGCCCCCGUCCAAGUCGCCUACCACGCCGCUCCUGUCGCCAAGGUUGUGGCUCACGCUGAGGAAGUCGCCUACCCCAAGUACGAGUACAACUACUCCGUAGCCGACGGCCACACCGGCGACAACAAGUCCCAGCAGGAGGUGCGCGACGGCGACGCCGUGAAGGGCUCGUACUCCUUCCACGAGGCCGACGGCUCCAUCAGGACCGUGGAGUACACAGCUGACGACCACAACGGCUUCAACGCGGUGGUUCACAACACCGCCCCCACCGCCGCUCCCGUCGCCAUCAAGGCCGCCCCCGUGCUGCUCAAGACUGCCUACGCCGCGCCCGCGCUGCAAUACUACCACCACUGUGCACCUAGGACUCCUCUUCAAAAAGGUGAGGAUUUAAUCGGGGCUAACGCCAGGAGGAAGAAGAUCCUCCCUAUGACUAUAAAAACUGACGAAGGCUUUGACAAAUAUCAUUGUGCGAUAAGUCGUGUAAUAGAAACAACCAAAAUGUUCUCCAAAUUGGUAGCCCUGUGUGCGUUGGUGGCGGUGUCCCAGGCUGGUCUCCUGCCUGCGCCCGUGCACUACUCCUCCGCCGCCGCCGUCUCCUCGCAGAGCAUCGUGCGCCACGACCAGCCACAGGCCGCCAAGCUGGUGGCUGCCGCUCCCGUCUACCACGCCGCCCCCGCACCAGUGGCCUACCAUGCUGCCCCCGCCGCCGUCACCUACCACGCCGCUCCCGCUCCAGUCGCUUACCACGCCGCCCCCGUCCAAGUCGCCUACCACGCCGCUCCUCCUGUACAUUACUCCUCCGCCGCCGCCGUCUCCUCGCAGAGCAUCGUGCGCCACGACCAGCCACAGGCCGCCAAGCUGGUGGCUGCCGCUCCCGUCUACCACGCCGACCCCGCACCAGUCGCCUACCAUGCUGCCCCCGCCGCCGUCACCUACCACGCCGCUCCCGCUCCAGUCGCUUACCACGCCGCCCCCGUCCAAGUCGCCUACCACGCCGCUCCUGUCGCCAAGGUUGUGGCUCACGCUGAGGAAGUCGCCUACCCCAAGUACGAGUACAACUACUCCGUAGCCGACGGCCACACCGGCGACAACAAGUCCCAGCAGGAGGUGCGCGACGGCGACGCCGUGAAGGGCUCGUACUCCUUCCACGAGGCCGACGGCUCCAUCAGGACCGUGGAGUACACAGCUGACGACCACAACGGCUUCAACGCGGUGGUUCACAACACCGCCCCCACCGCCGCUCCCGUCGCCAUCAAGGCCGCCCCUGUCCUUUUCAAGGCUGCUCCCGCGUUGCAAUACUAUCACCAUUAG